AAGCCACAGAUUUAUGAAACAACAUCUUACCUGCCUCGGUCAGCACCAUGGACAGCGACCCCGCGAGCUCUCUCCACCAGACCUCCCUCACCUCCAGCUCACGGACAGAUCCGCAGCGGGCCCUGAGGGGCAGGGCAUGAUCAUCCAGUAAUGACGACCAGCUAAAACAGCUCUAUCUACCACCAUGCUGCAGCACUGACAUUCAAAGCGAGGCGUGCAGGAUGCGGGCUUUCCUGUAGAAACACCGCCGCGCAGCCUGCGGAAUGAUCCCAUUUUUCUGGGUUUCGUCGACUCGCCUAAAAAGAAAAACAAUGAAAUGACAGCAGCUGUAAUGCGGUAGCUCGUCUCGGAUGAGAGACGCUGCAGAAGCAGAGCAAGGUAGUGAAAGCUCUUCAUCUUCUUCCCACUCCACGCCCUGUCAUUAUUUAUCAAUAGCAGCCCGGCACCAUGUCUCCUCCAGCAUCGGCGGCGGCGACGGCCAGCGAAAGCAGCACGACCACCGUCUUCGAGGAGGACACCAGAGAGGAGCAAAGACCCCUGAAGCAAUCUCUGAGCAAGUCAUUAUGUCGGGAGAGUUUUUGGAAAUGCCUGGUCUUGUCCAUUCUCAUGUAUGGCUGCAUGGGAGCGAUGGUUUGGUGUCACGUUACCAAGGUGACCCGCCUUACCUUUGACAGUGCCUUCAAAGGGAAAUCCAUGAUGUACCACGACAGCCCAUGCUCUGAUGGCUACAUCUAUAUCCCCUUGGCCCUACUGGGCAUGCUCUACCUGGUCUAUCUUGUGGAGUGCUGGCAUUGUCACGUGAAGAAUGAGCUGCAGCACAAAGUGGACGUGGAGGGCAUCUACGAGCGUAUCCAGAGGAUGCAGCAGGCUAAACCCUGUAUCUGGUGGAAGGCCAUCAGUUACCACUAUGUUCGGCGAACUCGACAGGUCACACGCUACCGCAAUGGAGAUGCUUACACCAGCACCCAGGUUUAUCAUGAGCGUGUCAACACCCAUGUGGCAGAGGCUGAAUUUGAUCAUAGUCACUGCGGUGUUAAAGAUGUUUCCAAACAGCUGCUGGGGUUGGAGAAGUGUCCUCUUACAAAGAUGCGGUUUACAAAGUGCUUUAGUUUUGCCAAUGUGGAAUCAGAGAAUUCUUACCUCACACAGAGAGCCAGGUUUUUCACUGACAAUGAGGGCCUUGAUGACUACAUGGAAGCCAGAGAGGGCAUGCACCUGAAAAACAUUGACCUGAAGGAGUACGUAAUGGUGCUUUCUGACCCAGAGCACCAUCCCUGGUAUCUGUCCCACUACGUCUUCUGGUUUGCAUCAUUCCUCACUUUCUCCUGGCCUCUCAGAGUCUUCACUGAAUAUCGCACUGCAUAUGUUCACUAUCGUGUCGAGAAGCUUUUUGGACAUGAUUACCUCCCCGUGACACCAUGUGAUGACCGGCCAUAUUGGCGUCGUAUUCCUCGUGUUAACACCAUUGACAGCACAGAACUGGAGUGGCACAUUCGCUCCAACCAGCAGCUGGUUCCCAGUUAUUCGGAAGCUGGUCUGAUGGAUUUGGCCCAGUGCCCAUCCAGCUUUAGUGGUAUUCGUCAGAAUUGUGAACGCUGCCACAGAGCGAUAAGCUGCUCCUCGGUGUUCUCCAGGAGCGCCCUCAGCAUCUGUACAGGCACCAGCUCCCGCAUCCCCUUCAGCGGCAGCCGGUUCUCCUUGGCGCGGCGCUACGGCUCCCAGCGCAGCUGCUUCUGGAGGAGCGGCAGCUUGGAUGACCAGGAGAGUCCCAGCGAAAACACCCGCUGUCUGUCAGAGCGCCUCACCACAGACGAAGAGGGGCCACCAGACUACGAUGAUGCUCUUUGCUACCCUGUGCUCAUUGUCCACUGCAGUGAGAACUGCCACAAUCACAGAUCCUUCCACAGAAACGGCUCCUGUGUGGAGACUUCUUUAUGAAACAGUGGGACCUCCGUAGCAUGCAAACACUUUAGACAUCAGAAAGAGCAAGUAAACAAGCCUGUAUGGGAGCCCGUUCCAGCCAGUUGUAAAUUAAAUUAAUAAAUAAAUUUAAAUUGAUUAUCUCAUGAUGAUGAGAUUUAAAGUAAUAAGACUCAAAGGCAUGAUUAUGAGAUUCAAAGUAAUUAUGAGCUGAAAAGUCAUUAUUAUGAGAUACAAGUCAAUAUGAUAAGAUUUAAAGUUAUAAAAUAAUCAUUGAUUUUGACUUUCAUCUUGUAAUAAGUUUUUUUUUAUCUCACAAUAAUGACCUUUUAUCUGUGAGUUUAUCUAAUAAUGACUUUCUAUAUCGUAAGAUUUUUUUAAACUCACGAUAACUUUAUCUCAUCAUUUUAACUUUAAAUCUAAAUAUUGUGACUUUAAAUCUCAUUAUUAGGAGAUACUUUGUCAAUAUUUUUAAUUUAAGUGGUGGAUGGGUUUCCAUAAGUCUGAAAGUCAGACACACGGAUUCAUGUUGUAGUGUUAAACUAUGAGAAACAACUGCCUGAAAUCUGAAUGUGUGAAUCACCAAAGCAAUAACAGCAGAUAGUGUGUGCAGAACAAUGUGACAGAAGUUUGUGAACACACAGACAAACUGUCCGGCUUCUAGUAAAAAAACAAAACAAAACAAAAA